CUCUUGCAUCAGUUUCUCUUCUUAUUAACGGAUCGAAUCAAAAUAGAAAAUUUUGAUAAAUAGAAAGAAUAAUUCUUUCUUUUUCAGUUUCGUUUCGUUUCACCUAACCCCCCCAUUUGAUUCUCUCUUUAACCUCUUUUUUUUCCUUUCGAUCAUCAUCAUCGCAUUUUGCAUCUGAGUUUUUCCAAUAGAAAAAAGGAGGUAACUUUUUUUUUUAAUUUCGUUAGAGAAGAUGGCGACGAACAUUGGGAUGAUGGACAGUGCUUACUUCGUUGGACGGAACGAGAUUCUCGGUUGGAUCAAUGACCGCCUUCAUCUCAAUCUCUCUCGCAUCGAAGAGGUUGCAUCAGGUGCUGUUCAAUGCCAAAUGUUGGACAUGACCUUUCCUGGAGUUGUGCCUAUGCACAAGGUUAAUUUUGCGGCGAAGAACGAGUACGAGAUGAUUCAAAACUACAAAGUCAUGCAAGAAGUCUUCACCAAACUGAAAAUCACAAAGCCAUUGGAAGUUAACAGGCUUGUCAAAGGUCGACCACUAGACAACUUGGAGUUUCUGCAAUGGCUGAAACGUUUUUGUGAUUCUAUCAAUGGCGGCAUUAUGAACGAGAAUUAUAAUCCGGUAGAGAGAAGAUCAAGAGGUGGCAAAGAGAAAAGCGUAAAGGGGACUAGUAAGGUCUCAAAGUCACUGCAAACAAACAAUACGCAUCAACCUCCUCCUCCAGUCACUACUUCCAGCAAACCAACUGGUACCAAGCAAGCAAGAUCACAAGCAACUGGAGGUGGGAGCAACUCAUCAGCCGAAGUGCAAGCUCUGACGAAGGAGCUUGAAGAUGUCAAGGUCUCGGUGGAUCUCUUGGAAAAGGAAAGGGAUUUUUACUUCUCUAAGCUCAGGGAUAUAGAGAUACUCUGUCAGACUCCUGAACUUGAUGAUCUCCCGAUAGUGGUAGCGGUUAAGAAGAUAUUAUAUGCAACAGAUGCAAAUGAAUCAGCACUAGAAGAAGCUCAAGAGUGCCUAAUCGAGUCUCUAGGUCUUGAGGCUGAGGAAGAAGAAGAAGAAGAAGAAGAAGAAGAAGAAGAAGAAGAAGACGGAGCAGAAGAAGCAAAGACUCAGACUUAAAAGUUGUGAUUUCUAACCGAAAAAAAAGACGAGUUAUGAAGUAGAGGACAAUGACUGUACAUUGCCUUGUCUUAGAAGAUUAGUGUUUGCACAAUACUCAAGUUACCCUAACCGGUUAUUCGGUUUUAAAUGGAAACGUCCCAAACUCUGUUCCUUUCUUAGUUUAAAAGAUGGUCCAAUUUGGUUUAUCUUUGUAUCACAGCAUUUUGUGUCCAUCUAAAUAUAUUGGAGCAAAGAAAAAAAAUU